AUUCUUUAAAAUAAUGACUUGAAUAUUUUCAGCACAAAUAGCUGAAAACGGGAAGUUUCUCGACUACACCGACGACCGACUACGCUAUUUACAGUACGCAAAACGAACUCUCUCCCGUCCGAUGACUAAAACCAACACCACCGUUACCACCGCCGUAAUCGCGUUCGCCACUGCCACCGCCAAGUCUGAAAAGAACAGUGAAUUUUUCUGAAUUCGGAAAAGAAUUUCCUACUUCUCGCAACUCUUUCCGCUGGAGAAGCUGUAAAAGGGACAGAACAGAAUGGCUAUGAUGGAUACCGGGAAACCACCGCCACAAUCAAUGGAGUUGCAGUGUGUAGGAAGCUUAGAAAUCGUUAAACCGAAGCCCGUAGGUUUCCUCUGCGGUUCGAUCCCUGUCCCUACCGAUAAAGCUUUCCAUGACUUCUCCGCCCUCGAACCCUCUGCUCAAACGGUUCAGGCUCCUAGGUAUCGGUUGAUCCCAGCAAAGACUGAUCUUAACAUGCUUCCUGUUCCUGCAAGCAUCCCGGAGAAGUUGCUUCCGUUAGAUGAUGUACGGGCGAGGACAAAUGCAGAUUUAUCAUGGCAGAAAGAGGCUAGUAGUUCUGCAAGUCUUACACGAAAGGGAGAGGCUCUUGCUGUGUCUGGCUUGGUAGAAUAUGGAGAUGAGAUGGAUGUUAUUGCCCCUGCUGACAUUUUGAAGCAAAUUUUUAAGAUGCCAUACUCUAAAGCUCGAUUAUCUGUUGCCGUUCACCGUGUUGGGCAGACUCUAGUUCUGAAUACCGGGUACUCAGCUUUUGUGUUUUUCUUCCUCUUCCCGUUUUAGGAAUCCAUUAUUAUUUCUGAAACAAUAUGGAAAAUACAGGCCUGAUGUUGAGGAGGGAGAGAAGCUGGUCAGAAGACAUAAGAAUCAAUCAAAAUGCUCAGAGAACUCUUUGUUUCUAAACUUUGCCAUGCAGUCAGUCCGAAUGGAGGCUUGUGAUUGUCCCCCUAGCCAUCAUACAGUAACAAAGGGAAAAAUAGAUUCCUGUGUACUUCCUGGACAGCGUGAAUCUAGGAAGGACUCAACCGAAACUGCUGGAAACUUGAAGCGAGAACAUACUUCCUCUGGAGAAAGGCAUCAAAUUGCUGAGGACGAAGAUUUUAGUCACUGUCAAGAGUCAUCAAAUGUCAAACAGGGUGAUGUCAUUUGGGGAAAGAAUAAAAGUAAGAAAAGGCAAAGCCAAAAUGCAGUUAAAAAGGUGUCACAAGUCAAAGAGAAUUCGAGGGGUUCAGUUCAAGAGUCGGAAAAAUAUAGGACUGUUAAAGAUGAUGGUUUUUUGCGGGUGCUAUUUUGGCAGUUUCACCAAUUUCGUAUGCUUCUAGGCAGUGACUUACUCAUAUUUAGCAAUGAGAAGUAUGUUGCUGUUAGCUUGCAUCUUUGGGAUGUUUCUCGACAGGUUACUCCAUUGACGUGGCUGGAAGCUUGGCUCGAUAAUGUGAUGGCAAGUGUGCCUGAACUUGCCAUCUGCUAUCAUCAAGAUGGGGUUGUUCAGGGUUAUGAGCUUUUAAAGACAGAUGACAUAUUUCUCCUGAAAGGCAUUUCAGAAGAUGGAACGCCUGCAUUUCAUCCCCAUGUGGUGCAUCAAAAUGGUCUGAGUGUACUGAGGUUUCUUCAGGAGAACUGCAAGCAAGAUCCUGGUGCUUAUUGGUUAUACAAAGGUGCUGGAGAAGAUCUUAUCCAGAUCUUUGAUUUGACCAUGAUGCCUAAGAACCAUUCUCCUGAUGAUUGUGACAAUGUACAAAGUUCUUUGCCAUCUCUUAUGUGUAGAGGGAGAAGCGAUUCCGUUCUUUCUUUAGGAACUCUGUUGUACCGAAUUGCUCACAGGCUGUCACUCUCAAUGUCAUCAGAUAAGAGAUCAAGGUGUGUAGAUUUUUUAAGAAAAUGUCUAGAUUUUCUAGACGAACCUGAUCAUCUGGUUGUCCGUGCAUUUGCUCAUGAGCAAUUUGCUAGGCUCCUUCUGAAUCAUGACAAGGAACUGGAUUUUACAUCCGAAGUGGUCCCCACAGAUUAUGAAGUUACACUUAAUGAUGCUGAGGAAGAUUCAGUUGAAGUGAUUCCUGUAGUUUCUGAAGAAGAAACAAAAGAUCCCGUGUCAAUACAAUGCUUGGAAGAUGAAGAUUCUGCUACCAACACUCUGGAUGCUGACACAUCUCCUCACAGCACAGUUGCAAUUGCAGAGACGAAUUUAUCAGACUCCAAUAGCUCUGGUCCUCGAGCUAUUACUGAUCCUAUCACCUCAAAGUUGGCGGCUAUACAUCAUGUUUCUCAAGCUAUCAAGUCUAUCAGAUGGAAACGCCAAUUACAAACUACUGAGGUUAACAUGGAUGAUGUAAGCAGUACUCACAGUGGGCUGAAUAGGUCCCUGGACUUUUGUUUGUGUGCAUGCGGGGAUCCGGACUGUAUUGAGGUUUGUGACCUUUAUGAAUGGCUUCCAACAGCAAAAUUAGAUGAUAAAGUAUGGAAGCUUGUACUAUUGCUGGGAGAAUCCUAUUUAGCUCUAGGUCAAGCUUAUAAGGAUGAUGGGCAGUUGUUUCAAGCUCUUAAAGUUGUAGAAUUAGCAUGUUUGGUUUAUGGUUCAAUGCCUCAACAUCUUGAAGAGACUAGAUUCAUUUCUUCCAUGGUUUGCAGCUCACCAAAUCAAAUGCAGAUUACUGGUGGAAGUGAAAAGAGUAAACGCAUCACCCAUAGCGAUUAUUUUACUCUUCAACUGUCACCCCCUGAUUAUCUGUUUUGGGCUAAGGCCUGGAUAUUAGUCGGUGAUGUGUAUGUGGAGCUCUAUUCAAUAAAGGGUAGAGAGGCCUUGAUGAAAUCGGAUAAGAAAUCCUUCACGAGGGAACUGAGAAUGUCUUCUGAAGUUCUGAAAGAGGUUGAAAGGCUCAAAAAGAAAUUGGGGGAAUUUGGUCAGAACUGUAGUUCCUGUUCCUUGGUAAACUGCAGCUGCAUGAGUGACAGAGUUAAUAGUGGUAGUAGUGCCAGCAGUAGUUCGGGAAAUGUACGAUCAUCAGCUCAUGGAAAGAAGACAAACAAGAAAUCUUUUGCAAAGAAUAAUGUGUUCUCGCAAGCUGGAAAGUCUGAGGAUGAUCAAGUUAAUCGAACUGUGGAAAGAAGUGGAGUUCUGAAGGGCGAUAAAAGUGGCAUAUCAGGAAGCAGUUCCACAGAAAAAGCAGAUGCUUUUGCUAAUGGAAUGACUGCCACUAGCACUGGUAAAGGAGGUGUUAGGACUGGAAAAGCGAGAAUUGGAGGACCCGGUGUUGAUAGUCAAGAUGGAGGUGGUUUUACUGAAAUGACCGAAGGAAGAGAUGGUGGUAUUUUCAAGUACAUCAGGACUUCUGUGGUUGAAGAUGGGGAAUACAAUCUCUCUGUUGCAUUAGAUUGUUAUGCAAAAGCAAAGAAGGCACUUGGUGGAAAUCCUAGUUGUUCUGGUGAACUAAAAUCUAUAAAUAAAAAGACAGGAUGGGUUUGCAAUGAAUUAGGUCGGAGUAAGCUGGAUAGAGGAGAUCUGGAUGGUGCUGAACAUGCCUUUGCUGACGCAAUUAAGUUUUUCAAAGAAGUGUCUGAUUAUACCAACAUCAUCCUAAUCAAUUGCAAUUUAGGGCAUGGCAGACGGGCAUUAGCUGAAGAGAUGGUACCAAGGCUUGAAACUUUCAAGAAGCAUCCCGUGCUCCAUAAUGCAUACAAGCAAACUCUUGAGACUGCUAAACUGAAAUACAGUGAAGCUCUCAUGUAUUAUGGAGCCGCAAAAUUGGAAAUAGAGACAGUUGAAUCUGCAGAUUUUAUUUCCGAUGGCUUGAAGGAUCAAGUAUAUACUCAGUUUGCUAAUACGUAUUUGAGGCUUGGCAUUCUUUUAUCUGGAGAAGGUACAACUGCGGAGGUUUAUGAAAAUGCUGUGCUUGAAGAUCAUACUAGACCUAUUGUAAUGAGGCAUACAAACGAUUAUCGGAAGCACGAGAUUACAGCUAAUGAUGCUAUUAGGGAGGCUUUAUCUGUUUAUGAGUCACUGGGCGAUUUACGCAAACAAGAGGCUGCUUAUGCUUAUUACCAGCUGGCUUCUUACCAAAAGGACUGUUGUUUAAAGUUUCUUGAUUCAAAUUCACAGAGUAACAAUGCAUCCAGAGGCGAUUGCCAAAAGAUGAAGCAAUAUGCUUCUCUGGCUGACAGGAACUGGAAGAAGUCUAUGGACUUCUAUAGGCCUGAGACUCAUCCCUCGAUGUACCUUACUAUUGUAAUGGAGAGAUCAGCUCUCCCUUUAACCCUCGGAAACUCCUUACACUCGCUUGUGCAUUUGGAAUCUGCUUUGAUUCGCCUUCUUGACGGGCGCCAUUUAUCUGGAAAUGAUUCAUUCAGCAAAGACAAUCCUGAGGUGUGUGCCAAGUUUUGGAACCAGCUGAGGAUGCUGUUGAAGAAGAUGCUGUCUACUACUCUUCCCAUUCCAAACAAGUCUGGAGAGGUUGCCAAGCUGAAGGAGCUCUACAGAAUGGCCUUGAAAUCUUCAGAGUUCAACGAGCUACAUGCCAUUCACAGCCUGUGGACAUCAUGAUCUGCGUCCAGUAUAAAUUACAUUCAAAAGCAACAAAAAAAAAGUUGUAGUUCUGAACUUGUUUUACUUCAAGUACUUAUAGCAGCUCUUGAGCUGGAAGUAAGACUAAUUACCUGGAUGACUGUAUGUAUAGGUUUCUAUUUACUGUGCUGCGUUUACCUUUCUCCGAUGGUGCACCUGGUGCCUGUUUGUUUAAAUUUGUGUUGAAUAAUUGCGCUUCAAUUUACUUUAGGGUAAGGCUCAGGCGGUAUAUCAAUUUUCUUUCCGUCCUGAAGCAAGAAUUUUAUUUGUUGAACUAAAAUAAUUCAACUAUCAUGAACUAUUGUACCCAUAGCAUAAUUAGGGGUGAAGAGAGUUUAUCUCACCCCUAAAAUGGAGAACCUGAUUCAGCGUCAAGUGAAUUUACACAAAUGAAUUUGAUGUUUUGAUGGUGUAUUAAACUCAUUUUAUAGGAAAUUGUAUGUACGAG